AUGCCAGAGUCAAGAGGUAGCGGCGCCCCUGCCGCCAGGCAGGAAGAAGAAGGGGGAAAGUCAAUGUUCCAGUCGAUCGUUCAAGGAAUUGCCAUUUUCAUGCUCACACAAUUCGUGGUGAAUCAGUUCUUUGGCUCGAAGACACAGAGCAGUGGUGGCGCUGUUCCCAAAGCAAAUGUCGACUUCGCAGAGAGGGCCGAUAUAACCACGUUGACCAACUAUUCCGCCAUACCAUUCCACAUUGCACCCAUCUGGCCGGCCGACAGUGCUAUCGACAUCCAAGUUUAUGUGUCUCCGCGAGAUACCCUUCCCAAUUUGUCCACUCUACCCCAGGACGCCCUGGUAAUAGAUGAGAAGAACUUUGUGAUUGGUAAUUAUGAAGACAAUCGAGAGAUCAACACAAACGUUGCGAUUCCCCCAGAGGUACAACACAAUGGGACCUUUUGGAGUCAUUUCUACGUAGCGUUGACUGGCAGUCGACUCGAUCCAACCGCCCCUGAUUACGAUCCGGCGAAAGCAUACCACUUCAAAAGGGCGCUCAACCACUACCUCCCCAGGAAAAAGGUCCGCAAAUUGAGGAAUCUGCUGGAAAAAAGCGAGGAAGUCGACGAGGAACCAGAAGAACCGCAAGAUGUUCAAAUCGGGUCUUUCUACCACCCAAAUUUUACGGUCGCUGUGAUUCCCAACACUGGAGUUCAGAAUUGGCGUCAAAUGCAUCCUGCGAUUCGCAAGAACAUUAUUCUCGAACCCACCGGCGCUCGGGAUGCGUCGGGCAUGAAUGGAUGGUAUUACCCGGUGAUAUUCUUCAACACCUUUUGGCAACUCCGUUCCCAUAUGACGGAGCUGAACGACACCGUCAAGGAGAUGCCUCUAAACAUUCAACUGUACAAUUUGGCCAAUUGGAAGUACAAUCUCAUUGCCAGCCUUGACGAAGGAAUGAAGCAGAAUCAACAACAGGCGGCUGCGGGGGGCCCUUUGCCCGCCGGUGGAGAUGGGAGCGAAUUUGAAAAAUUCAAAGAAAUCUUGCUGGACACAAAUGCCUACCUCCUGGGAACAACCUUUGUGGUCAGUAUUUUGCACAUGAUCUUCGAAGGGUUGGCAUUCAAGAACGACAUAUCACACUGGAGAAAGAAGAAGGACAAUGUGGGAACCUCUGUUCGAACAAUCCUGGCCAAUGUCUUCAUGCAAACGAUCAUUUUCCUCUACCUCAUCGACAACGCCGAGGGCACCUCCUGGAUGAUUCUCGCCAGUCAAGGCUUCGGUAUCGUUCUCGAAGCCUGGAAAAUCACCAAGACGGUCAACGUGCGCCUGCGUGAACCGGCACCGGACUCACCAUUCAAAUUCCUGCCUUAUGUCGUCGUCUUCGAAGAUAAGCACAAAUUGACCGAAAAGGAAAAGAAGACCCAAGAAUACGACCAGAUCGCCUUCCGAUACCUAUACAUCAUUGCCGUGCCCCUUUUGCUUGCGUACGCAGUCUAUUCGCUCGUCUACGAAACACACAAGUCAUGGUACAGCUUCGUGAUAGAAACACUCGUCGGCUCCGUCUACGCGUAUGGAUUCCUCAUGAUGGUUCCAAGCUUGUACAUCAACUACCGACUCAAGUCGGUCGCGCACAUGCCCAGCAAGGCUCUCACUUACAAGUUCCUCAAUACUUUUAUUGAUGAUCUGUUCGCGUUCACGAUUCGCAUGCCGAUUUUACAUCGACUCGCAACUUUGCGUGACGAUGUCAUCUUCUUCGUGUGGCUCUAUCAGAAGUGGAAGUACAGGGUCGAUUACACGCGCGUCAACGAGUUCGGACAAGGCGGCGAAGAGAGUGAGGAUGAAGAGGAAGAAAGCAAGGACAAGAAAGCUCUCGAGGGCCGCGAUACGAAAGAACUCAAACCCUCAGCCCCUGUCGCGAGUGCGAGUGGCGCCCAGGCGAACGCAGGUGCGACGAAACGGAAAUGA